CCCAGCUCGGCUUGGGGGCGAGGAGCCGGCGCCGGAGUCCCGGCGCGGCGGAAGCUGCUGACCUUUGCCCGAGGUUGGAGGCCCAGGCUGUGGGAGUCCCACUGACCGAAGGUUUCUGGGACACAGAACCGCGGGCGUCUAAACCCUGCCAUUCACUCGGCUGACCAACGCCUCUCACUCUAACAAGCCACUUUGAAGAUGAAACUCUGGAGCCCCUAUGCCAGCCGAUGCCAAACUGGCCUCUCCCCUUCCACCAGGCUGCCCAAUCCCCUCCCUUCCGUAUUCUGUCGACUCUCCAGAUGAGAAAGAACGUGGGGGUCGCCUCAGCAACUCCUUCCUCGAACUGUCCCCUCUCUCGAGCCUCCAGCCCAGCCCGAGAAAGGGGCGACAAACUCGGCUGUAGUUACGGAAGAGGACCGCGCCGGGCCAACAGAGUUCGAAAAUGCCCCGCGCGUUCCUGGUGAAGAAGCCGUGCGUCUCCACGUGCAAGAGGAACUGGAGCGAGCUCCCGGACGAGGAGCGCGGCGAGAUCUACGUGCCAGUCAGCCUGGGCUUCUGCCCACCACAGCCCUACCGAGAGCCAGAGCCAUCAAUGGCUGAACCUCCUUCUUGCUCCCUGGCUUUGGACAUGAGCCUUCGGAACUCCGGCUAUGGUGUAGCUCCUGGGCCCUGUGUGGUGGCCCAGCUGCCCUCUGAAGACUUGGGCCGCCUGACAGAUGCCCAAAGCAGAGACCAGGGCUUCUUGCGCACCAAGAUGAAGGUGACUGCAGGGGAUAGUCCCAGUGGAGACCUCUUCACCUGCCACAUCUGUCAGAAGGCCUUCACCUACCAGCGCAUGCUGAACCGCCACAUGAAGUGUCACAACGAUGUCAAGAGGCACCUCUGCACAUACUGUGGGAAGGGUUUCAAUGACACUUUUGACCUCAAAAGACAUGUCCGGACCCACACAGGUGUGAGGCCUUACAAAUGCAGCCUGUGUGAUAAGGCCUUCACUCAGCGCUGCUCCCUGGAGUCUCACCUCAAGAAGAUCCACGGUGUGCAGCAGAAAUAUGCGUACAAGGAGCGCAGGGCCAAGCUGUACGUGUGUGAGGAGUGCGGCUGCACAUCUGAGAGCCAGGAGGGCCACGUCCUGCACCUGAAGGAACACCAUCCCGAUAGCCCAUUGCUACGCAAGACCUCCAAGAAGGUGGCCGUGGCCUUGCAGAACACUGUCACUUCCCUAUUGCAGGGCAGCCCCCACCUCUGAGUGGCAUAGCUCAGGGGUGCUUUGGGAGUCCAGAGAGGGUCCAGGUUUGCCACACUGCUGCCCAACCAGACCACCCUCCUGCAUGAUCAGGACUGGAGCCCCCCAUGCCUUAGUUUCCCCCAUAGGCAUAUGCACUCCUGAGGGCCUAACACUGACCUUGGCAGCAAGAGGAGAUCCUGUUGCCCUUGCCUCUGAAUACAGGGUAGGGGCUUCCUGGCCCCUGGGGACAACAGAGUCAAGAGCACUGGCAAAGAGCACCCCUGCAAACAACCACAGUGGAGAGCCAGUGGCAGCCCCCACCUGCAGGGCUGCAACAGGGGACUCUGCCCUCUGACAGAGGCACGUGCACGGCUGUGUAUGUAUAGGUGCACGUGCAUGGAUGUGUAAUUCUGCUCAGUGUGUGCUAGCACGUAUGUGCACCAGGCGUGUGCGUGGAUGCACACAGGAGGCCUUUCCACAUAUCACCUCAUUUUUAACAAAUCAAUCAUAAGGUGCCAAGCAAGUUUCGUUUCCUUUUUUUAAAGAUGACAAAUGUACAGAUAUUAAUAUAUAUUUUGGUGCCCAUGACUACUGUUUUUAAGAGCGGGAUGGAGCUGGCUUUUCUCCACCCCUGUGUGGUUCUGUUUAUCCUGGACAUUUCAAACCUUUUCUGUGCCUUCAUCUAGGGGUGACUGCCUGACCCACCCCUAUUCUUGGAGAUAUUUAACCAAAUGAAGAUCUUCCAUGCGGCCCACUCCAAGGGUGGCUUGCUCGUUCUGUUUCUCCCCUUCUGCUGGACAGUGCCUCACUGCUGCUGCCCUCCAUCCCAUCCUUUCUGGAGAACCUGUAUGCUCCUGGGAGGCUGUAGAGGCCGGGCAGGUGCAAUGCAGGUCUCUGAUACUGAGACCACUGCCUGAAGUACUAAGUCAAAUGCACAGCCAGGUUGAAGGCCAACCUGGUAAGUCAAAAACCUAAGUACCCCACCCCCCAAAAAACCCUAAGUACAGCAGCAAACAAUUGAAUAGAAUCAUAACACAUCAGAAACUUCCAGAGGGAGGAGAGUAUUAGAUAGUUAACAAAUUUUCUUUGUAGCCUUUUUUUGUUGUUGUUGUUGUUGUUUUUGGUGUGUUUU